AUGAGCGAGGACGCGUCUUCGUCUUCUAGCGCCCACUCGCGCGACCAUAUUGACAGCCUGGCAUGGUCCUCGAUGCAGUCAGUCGGACGAGGACCUAGGCGCAGUGUGGUACGCACUACUGAGAAGUCGGUUGUGUUUCGAACGCUGUGCCUAACCCAGAGCGAAGGUCGGGGCGGUAUCGAUGACAAGGACAUCCAUGAGACUCUGUCGGAGCUGUACGCAGAUGCGGAACGGAAGAAAAAGUUGCUGAACAGUGAGGAGGAGACGUUCCUACGGGGACAGGAACGUCUGAGUAGCCUUCAACGAGAACACGGAGAGCUUCUACACAGUUUGGAGCAGUGCAAACGGCGAAGGAAAGAGAGGAUUCGUAUCCAGAAUAUGCUGCAUGAUGGAGCUAAAAAGGAGCGCAAGCGUCUGCGACGAUUCCAGAGCGACGUGUCCCUGCGAUUCCAGCUGCUCCAGUCCGAGUGUCGACGCUCUGACGUGGAGGUGGACAAGCUUAAAGCCGACUUACGGCGUGAGUACGCUGAUGCGUGCCUGUUUGGCAACUCGUUGAACUUUUAG